AUGGUUUGUUGUUUCUCGAUCAAACGUGCAAAGCAGACGUAUUACAUAGUAGUUGUCCCUUCAGACACAAUUGGCAUAGUUAAGCAACGUCUUGCACUUGUAGCGGGAUGUGCUCCCGAGCUGAUAGGCAUCUUGUCAAGUGACAACAAAACACUAAUGUCGGAUGAUACCCAACUUGGUGUUUCUGUCGAGGUUGGAUCUCUCUUUUAUUUCCUUCUACGUACGCAAAACGGCUAUGAGCCGCUGCAAAUCAUCGACUUAGUUUGA